AGUUGCUGCAAACGAUAUAUUUCGCGCAAUUUUCAACUGGCUAAUGUUUCAGAUGAGAGAAGACUGAUGUCAGAGUGAAACUGGCGUUACAUUUGUCUGAUUCUCUUGAUUUAAGCGUGACAGAUAUAGAGUACGUUAACUGCUGAAGGCGUGCUGAAAGUGGCGACGUGGCUCCGUUCAUAUAAUGGAUGAGAAGGAGGCGAAUUCACAGAGGCUGAAAGCAGCUAUUCACUACACGGUCGGCAGACUCUGUCAGCAGGCAGCCGCAGACCAUGAGAGAGAAUUCAGCCGGCAAGCGAUAGCAGCUCUCGCAGAAAUCACAUUCCGGCAGUGUGAUAUUUUUGCCACAGACCUGGAAGCGUUUGCGAGACACGCCAAACGACAGACCGUUACAGCGGACGACGUAAAACUUCUAGCAAGAAGGAGCGCUGCACUGUCAAACUAUAUCCAGCAGAAGAGUGAGGAACUAGCGCAAAACAAUCAGGAACAGAAGGAGAGGAGGAAGAAGAACGCUGCCAAGAGGAAGACUAAGAGCUCAACAGAGAAUGAGGCUGAUAUGGCAAUGGAGCCCUAGGACAAAAGUGAGAGUGUCAUUACCUGACAGGUUGAAGAGAACUGAAUCUUAUUAGCACACAAUAUUUACUAUAUAUGGUCAGUUAUUUUUCUUGAGGAAACUUAAUAUGAAGAGAAAUGAGGAAUGUCAAUUAACUACUCACAGACAUGAAUCCAGGUUGUUUUUUAUUGUAAUACAGAAUGUGCAAAACAUGUUUUCACUGUCUGUGAAUGUAAGAAAUUGUGACUGUAUAAAACACUGAUUCUUGUUAUAAAAUAGCUGAAUGCCAAGACAUUUGGUAUACUUACAAUUAAGACCUGCAUGCUUUCAUAUUCACAGAUACCACAAUGUCUAGACUGUUUU